GAACUGGCAGAGAGCAUUGGAAUAGAGGACGAUGACACUGAAGACCGAGAGGUCCCUCCCACUGAGUGUGAGGAUGUGUCAGAUAUUGGUAGUCAUGAUGUGAAAGCAGAGCUUCCCUCCCACCUCAGCAUUACUAAGGAUGUUAUGGAGCGCUGCAUUCAUCUGCUGUCUGAUCCCAGCCUCAGGCUCCGACUCAAGAGCUGGGAUGCUCGUCUUCUGAUGGAGCGCUGUCGAGCUGUGAAGAGUCCAGAUAUCAGCGCUCACCUGGCUGGUACCAAGAAGGUUCAGCAAGUGCUCGCCAGACCUGGAGUCCUGGAGAGGUUCUUCCCGGACCAGCCUCAAGCUGUGCAGCAGAUCCGAGCGACAUUCGCUGACCUCUACUGAUGAUAAUACUUUUGAAAAUGGCAGUUUAAUUUAUUGGGCAAUUAUAAAAUCGUAUUUCUUAGGCUGGCUUUUAAGGAAGGAGAAAAGGUAUGUAUCAGUUGGCUGGGAAGAAAGAUGGAGGUGGAAAGGAUGUGCAAGCUAUGGGACAAAGUUGCUGAGACCAGGUUAAACAGAGGUGACGAUCAGUGAGCAGGAGUGUGGCUUCGUGCUGAAAAGAGCACAACAGAUUCUCUGGAGAGAAGGUGAAGGAAAGUCAGCUGAAGCAAGACAGUUUGUGGAGUUUGUGUUGGACUGUAUGUUAUGCUGGGAGCCUGGGGAUUAGUGGACUUUGAUUCCAAGUUAAUAUUAGCUAGUGUUUCUCACUGGUUUUUGGGCGGUGGAGUAAAAGGGAUUGGUUGGUGGCUGUUUCUAAUGUUAGCCUUUUCUUUGUUUUCUUACAGGCAGACAUGGUGAUAAAUGAGUGUGUGGGCCAUCUGCUGAGGACCAAGAGCUCAGGACACUCAGACGGGGGCGUCGCAGCAGGAGUCACCGUGCUCGACAAUCCGCUGCUGUUCUGAGAUGUCCCACUCCUGCCUGCACAUAGAAACCACAGUGAAGUCAAAGUUCCACCUGCACCUCCACCUGUUCUUGUAACAGCAUGAACACUGACAGAGGUGAGACAGCAGAAAAGUCUUUGUUUAUUUUUGUAAUAAGUUAAGGAAUUAAGUUAAGAAGAGUGAUUAAAUAAAUUGUUUCUUGCAUUUUUGAUUUAAUGGUUGUGUUUAGGAUUAUUUCAGAAACAUGUUUAGAGGAUCUUUGUAAGCCUGUAUUUACUUUAAAAGAAGGGAAGCACUUCUUCAUCCUACAGAAAAGGUGACACAUUACAGAUGAGUUCAUAAAAAGUGUCUCUGUCACUCUUUCAAGGCUCUCUCACUUUUUCUUUUUUACUGGAACAGCAUGGUAAAGUAGGUCUAGGCUGCCAUCUUGUGGCAGUGUGUUGUUACUACAACAUAUGAAAUUGUGUUUCUAUUGGAAAUAUAAUUCAGCGCCACCGAGCCGCUCUCUCAGUUACAAACUGAACCUGGUUUUUUUAGACAGAUAAAUCACUAAGCACAGUGAAGCUUUUGGUUUUGUAAAAGUGUUUCUUAUUCAAAAUGC